AUGUCCUUCCGGCCGAUGUUGCAACAGCGGGCUGUGGCUCCGAUCGCAGCCACUCUCCUCGCGGGAGGCAUUGCGCUGUAUCCCAAGCAGACAGCAUUUGCUGAAGCGCCUCGAGACAACCGGAAACCUAUCUACGAUGACUUCCCAGCCGAUAUCCCCGAACUCUCCAAGGCUGCUGCUCCUGCUGCGCCCGCCGCUCCUGCUGCUAUCGAAGCCCCUAAGCUGAUUUCCGCACCCGCUGCGCAACAAGCCCCAUCCUCGCCCACCCCGACAGACAUCCUGACCGCCCAGGUCCGACAAGCUCGCCUCUUCCUCUACUCACACUCCCUUGCCGCAGAGCAGGGCUUCAACAAGUUCCUCUCCCGGGCUCUCAACAUCGAAAAUUGCUUCACCAACACCGUCGCGUCGCUCGCUCCUUCGCCCGAGUCCGGUGAGCGCCUUCUCCCCGGCGGCGUGUACGUUGUCGUAGCCGCCAUGGCCGGCUCGAUCGUCUCGCGUAACCGCGGUAUCUUCCUCCGUACUGCGUCGCCCCUCGCAUUCGGUACCGCCGCUGCAUACAGCCUGCUGCCCGUGACUAUGCGCAACGUUGGCGAUUUGGUGUGGGAGUAUGAGAAGAAGGUUCCUGCCCUUGCGGACCAGCACCUGGCUGUUCGUGAGCGCGCAGAGCAUAUCUGGUACACCGGACUUGCGCACAGUGGAAUGGCGCGCCAGAUGAUGGAGGAGAAGAUCGGUGACACCCGCAAGAAGUUGGAGGAGCUGGUCAGCAAGGGCCACUAA